AUGAAUGUGGAACAGAUCCUUGCUCACUGUGCCAAGCUGAAGAUGAUGCCAGAUCCACCAGAUAACUUCAGUGAUCGGGAAGAGUCGGACCGGUGGGAGCACCGGACGAACGCCACGCUCAUUCGAAAUGCGACGGUUUGGACUGGAGCGUGGAACGGAGAAGAAGUUAUUCGCGGGGAUGUGUUAUUUGAUCGGGGGGUUGUCAAAAUUGUCGGUCAUGUCCCCGAAAAGCUACUCAGAAGAGUUGGGAGAUUGACGGUUGUGGAAGCGCAUGAGGCUUGGGUCACACCGGGACUGGUUGAUCUCCAUUCGCACAUUGGAAUAUUUAGCUGGCCCUCUUUUUCUGGGGCAUCCGACUUGAAUUCGGUCAAGGGCCCUAUCCUUCCUUGGCUCCGGAGCAUCGAUUCUCUCAAUACGCAUGAUGAAAGCGUACGGCUGUUCAUCGCAGGCGGCGUGACAUCUGCCCAAGUAUUGCCAGGCAGCGCGAAUGCCAUUGGUGGUCAAUCAUUCAUGAUCAAGCUGCGUCCGACGGUGGAGCGCUCCCCUUCAUCUAUGAUAAUUGAGCCUCCAUAUACAUUGAAUGACACAGCAGUGGAACCGCAUGCUCGGUCACGUUGGCGUCACCUGAAACAAGCCGCGGGAGAAAAUUUAAUUGGUUAUGGUGGACGUAUGGACUCGAUGUGGUCCUUUCGUUCUGCGUACGAGCAAGCUCGCCAGAUUACGGUAGCGCAGGACGAAUAUUGCCGUCACGCAGAGGCAGGGCUCUGGGACGUUAUCCAGCAUAGCUUUUCCGAAAGUCUACAAUGGGAGACCCUUAUCGAUGUGCUUCGAGGACAUGUAAAGAUUGCCCAGCAUGCAUACGAGGCGACUGAUAUUGAUGCUAUAGUUCGAUUGGGGAACGAAUUCAGGUUUCACACUUCCUCUAUCCAUCAUGCUGCAGAGGCAUACCUUGUACCUGAUAUUCUGAAAAGAGCGUGGGGAGGCCCUCCCAUAGUCGCACUUUCCGGAAAUAAUUACGGGUAUAAACGUGGAUCCUACCGCGGCUCUGUCUUUGCACCCCGCAUCCUCGCGGACAAUGGGAUACCUGUUGUAAUGAAGACCGAUCACCCUGCGCUCAACGGCCGGUAUUUGCUUUACGAAGCCCAACAAGCAUAUUACUACGGCCUAUCUGCACCCCUCGCCCUAGCGUCGGUCACAUCCAUUCCGGCUUCCGCUGCGGGCCUCGCUCACCGCAUUGGCGUCCUACGCACGGGCGCCGACGCCGACGCCGUUCUUUGGGACUCCCAUCCUCUGCGUUUCGGUGCAACGCCAGAACGGGUAUGGAUCGACGGCGCGCUGCAAAUACCAGCCGCCGGAGACCCGGUAGAUAUAGAAAAUGGAAAGAAGGGCCGAGAGUGGAAUGAAGCCCCGGAGGUGCCAGAUUGGACAGAGGAGAGGAAGCAGGCGAUCGAGUGGGAAGGAUUGCCGCCUCUCGAAGUUGAAGGUGCUACGACGUCGGCGAGGGUCGUGCUGAGGAAUGUUUCAGAGAUAGUGAGCGUGGUGAGUGGAGAGCAUGCUGAGCCUCAUGGGGUCGAGGUACGGUGGGAUUCGUCCGUGAACGGAAGUGGAGGAACCGUCGUUUUGGAGUCCGGCAAGGUCAUCUGUGUGGGUGAGUGUGCCCCUCUGGUGAACACAAACACGGUUGCACGUAGCAUCGACUUGCACGGGGGGUGCCUUGCGCCCGCUCUCAUCACAUUUGGCUCGCCUCUCGGUCUCGAGGAAAUUCAGUAUGAACGAAGCACGGGCGAUGGGUUGCCGCAAGACACUAUGUUCAGAGCUUCCUCGCGACUUUUGGGAAACACAAUUCUCCGCGCCGCUGAUGCGCUCCAGUUCCGAACACGGAAUGCUCUCCGCGCGCACCGUGCAGGCGUCACCAUUGCCACAGCUGCCACGCACACCACAUUUGGGGAUUGGAUUUUCGCUGGCCUUUCUACCACCUUCCGCACUGGUGCGAAACAUGCGCUCGCACGGGGAGCGUUUAUCCAGCCCGUAUCUGCUCUGCACUAUGCCGUCCACCCGCUGAAUGCGAUUGCAUCCGGCUUGCCUUCGAUCGGCGUGACGUCUCCGCCGAGUGUAAGCGAGCGGAUCACGGCGCUUCGGCGGCUGCUUUUAAGGACCCGUGUCUCCGAUACGGGGAAAGAAGAGCUAGGGUAUUGGUUCUCACAGGCAGCAGAGGGCCAGAUCCCGCUCGUUGUUGAUGUCAGUGGCUCAGACGAGAUGAUGACGCUGAUCGCCUUGAAGAAAGAAAUCGAGGAGGUAAGGAAGAGUACCAUGAAAAUGGUAUUUGUGGGUGCAGAGGAGGCACAUUUAUUAGCGAAAGAGAUCGGCGAGGUGAGAAUAGGUGUCAUCCUAGCGCCCCCGCGCCCAGCGCCUACGACGUGGGACAGGCGACAGAUACUGCCCGGUCCUCCGCUAACGAACGACACAGCCCUUGUGAAGCUUCUGAGACACGGCGUCGUCGUCGGACUCGGUAACACCGAAGCAAGCGCGGCGAUACAUACGCGUUUUGAUCUUGCUUGGGCCAUGGCUGAGUCUGGAGGACGCAUUACAAAAGAGGACGCGAUUGCGCUUGCGAGCGUGAAUCUUGAGCAACUCCUCGGGAUAGUCGACGUACGGACGGGGAAUCAGCGAGAAGACAACGCUGCCCAGCGCGAUAUAGUCGCAUAUACAGGUGGAUGCGUGCUGGAUAUGGCAGCUAAGGUCGCAGCCGUGGUUUCGCCGGCGAGAGGAGUCGUAGAUGUGGUGUGAACGCUUUCGGACGUACGAAGAACUGUUGUAGGGAUACUAUUACAGAUUGCACAGACUGCUAACUAUUUAAUAAGACAUUUGUAACCUCUC